UGAUUUUCUGAUUGUUGGCUGUGUAAGGUGUUUCUGAAUAAAUGUCAGUCAAAUUUCAAGUUUUAUUUUCAGAACUUCAUAAGCAGAGAGUCGAGUGAAAAUACUACAAUUCCUUAAUGGAUGAUAAAUUUAUGGAGUACAUUAUAAAUUCACCAGCCUUCAAAGAAAGUGGCAAAUAUCCUGUGAAAGAGAUCAAUUUCAAGAAAAAUUAAAAGCUUCAUUAAUGAUAAUCUGUUUGCAGAACCUCUGUAUAUUGUUGUUGUGAAAGAGUAAUACUGCUGUCAGAUUGUCAUGAUUAUAUGGCUGGCAAUAAUUUUCAGGUAAGACGCCUUCUUCUGUUAACCCUCCCACGCUGUAAGUGUGACGCUCGGACAACAAGACAAUAAGGAAGUGGGGGUUGUCCCGUCAAACCACAUCUUUAGUAAGGGGAUGUCUCGUAAAGGCUUCUUCAAAAUUGAAGAAGCCUUUGGUGGUUCAGAAGAGUCAGCCAUGUCAGCCCCUGUGCCCACGCAGCCCCAUAAAGACCCUCUGCUGCAGCUGGUGUCCCUGCAGAAAGCUUCUGGCAGCUGGAGGCUUGAUGAAGAUCUGGCUGCUGUGCUGGGAAAGACCAAAGAGGAGGUGGAAAAGGCAAAACCAAAAUUGGUCAACAAUGAAGUGUGGGCCUCCAUUCUGGCUCUGAUUUGGCUUCAUGGUUUUAAGAUGGAUGCAAAGGAGGAGUGGGAGCUUCUGUCUAUGAAGGCUGCAUCAUGGAUUAAAGCUCAGAACGCUCCAUGUCAGUCAGAUUGUGUUGAAGCUGGAAAUAAACUGUUGGGUUGCAGCGUGAAGAAAGAAGCUCUGAGCCUCUGAGGUUUUCCAUGAACAGGCUUCAGCUUUACUAUGAAAACUAUGCUGCAUUUGUUGAGGAUGUAAUAGUUCAUUGCUGUUCUUUCUGUCUUUAGUUAUAAUGUUCAGCCUUUCUAUGGUUUAUGCAGAUGUUUUAAAAAGCAAAGACACCAAAGAUUUAUAAAUAUUAGUUAAAUGGUGAUUUUGUAACUAACUCAUAAGCUAGUUUUCUGGACCAGUUGCAGUCAGGUUUAUUUGUAAUGUACAUCUUGUCAAAUAAAGCACUGUACUUUUGAAUUAUAUUUAGUGCUUAACUAACAAACCUUUAAAAAAGAAUACAAAUGUUUAUACUCUAUCAGAAGGUAUCGCAUACUUUCAACCAUUUUGUUCUUCAAUUUAAACUCGAGAGUUAAGCAAGGAUGUUUUAAUCACAAAGUCCAGAUUAGGAGACAAUUUCAGAAGAGUCAACAAAAACUUGGUAUGCCAUGAACAUCUGCCUGUGAUACUAUAAUGACUAAAAUUUUACAUGUGCAAUUGAUUGUAACUUUGUCAUGAUGACACAACUGAUGCUUUAUGUAAAGCUCAGUGUUUUCACGUUGGCAGAAACACUUCGGUUUGCAUUCCACCACACAAUCUUGGAUGAGCUUGACAGACAUGCAAUGUUGACAAUAUAUCAUCAGAUUUACCCUGAAAAUUGUACUUUGACAUGCACACUUAAGUGUUAAGGUUACAUCCCUAAGUUGAGCUAAGUGUGUUCAGUGCUGGAUGGUGAAUGUCGCACUAAAUUUGUUCCAUUUGUGUGACUUUGUAAAAUUAAAACAUUUUCAGCAUUAA